AUGUCUUUCUCUACCGCCCUUCGUCGCGCCGCCGUCGCUCCGGCUUUUACUGCCCGUGCUUUCAGCACCACCUCUGCUCGACCUCUCGCCAAGAUCACCAUUAUUGGUAACCUCGCUGAUACUCCCGAGGUCCACCCCACCAGCACUGGCCGUGAAGUCGUCCGCUACGCUGUCGCCAGCAACAGCGGCUCUCGCGAAAACCGCAAGACCAGCUGGUUCAAGGUCACAAGCUUCGCUGAAGGUCCUUCUCGAGACUACCUCAUGAACCUUCCCAAGGGUGCUACUGUCUACGUCGAGGGCGAUGCUUCUCUGCACCCUUACACUGACGCAAACGGCCAGAACCGUACCAGCUUCAGUGUCGUCCAGCGCCAAAUCGAGGUUCUUCGACGUCCCCAAGCUCCUGAGCAGGGCGAGUAA